ACGACUGCAGGAAUUUGAUUCUCCAUGAAAGGACUGCCUGCUCCGGUGGAUCAGGUUAAAAGAUGUGGAGGGCCAACGCUCGUUGCGCUAGGCUACACCACAAUCCCAGAGCAACCCCUACCUCCCUCUAGCUCUCCACUGGCAGAGCGCAACAGUUGGAUGAAACUCCAGUCUCACUCUCCAAAACGUCUUACCUCAGCUACCUCAUCUCUCCGAAGAUUUCAGGGACACAGAGCACACGGUAGCCUCUGCACGGAGAUGUCCAGGCUCUGGGGGCCCAUUGUGGCUCUGCUUCUGGGAUGUUGGUUGCCAUCUUUUCUGUGCCAAACAACACCCCCCGCGCAGGACGGCAAGAUCAAGUUCCGUCUGGCCGGAUACCCACGCAAGCACAACGAGGGCCGCGUCGAGGUCCUCUACCAGGGCGAGUGGGGCACCAUAUGCGAUGAUGACUUCACCCUGGCCAAUGCCAUGGUGCUGUGCCGACAGCUUGGCUUUGUCUCUGCCACAGCCUGGUCACACAGUGCCAAGUACGGCGCUGGCACAGGAAAGAUCUGGCUGGACAAUGUGAUAUGCAGCGGCACAGAGUCAAGCAUAGAGAAGUGCCACUCCCGUGGGUGGGGAAACAGCGACUGUACGCACGAUGAGGACGCUGGUAUCGUCUGCAAGGACGAGAGGCUCCCUGGAUUUGUGGACUCGAACAUCAUCGAGAUGCAGGUGGAUGAGAACCGCCUGAAAGAAGUCCGACUUCGGCCAUUGUCAUCUGGAGCGGCUGCCAAGUUGCCCAUCAACGAGGGAGUCGUGGAGGUCAAGUACAAAGAAGGCUGGGCGCAAAUCUGCAGCGUGGGCUGGACGGUCAAGAACUCCCGUGUGGUCUGUGGCAUGAUGGGAUUCCCCUCAGAGAAAGCUGGGGCUAGGGCCUCCCACAGUGGUUCUGGUCCAUACCGGAUUCACUCGGUGUCCUGCACAGGUCAUGAGGUUCACCUGUCGGCCUGUAACAUGGAGUUUGUCAAGCCCAACAGCAGCUACCCCUGUGCUGGAGGAGGGCCAUCCGUGGUCAGCUGUGUCCCUGGACCACAGUUUACCCAGAGCAGGAGCCAGAAGAGGAAGCUCAGGCUGGGACUACUGGCGGCUAAGGUGCGUCUGCGGGGCGGUGCCCGUGCUGGUGAGGGGCGUGUGGAGGUCCUGAAGGGCACGCAGUGGGGCACGGUAUGCGACGACCGCUGGAACCUGCUCUCCGCCAGUGUGGUGUGCCGGGAGCUGGGCUUUGGCAGCGCCAAGGAGGCCCUCACGGGCGCACGCAUGGGCCAGGGAAUGGGCCCAAUUUACAUGAAUGAGGUCCAGUGCAGUGGGAACGAGCGCAUGCUGUGGGACUGCCCCCAUAAGACCAUCACAUCCGAAGACUGCAACCAUGUGGAGGACGCCUCCGUCAAGUGCAACGUCCCCUACAUGGCAUUCGAGAAAACGAUCCGUCUCAGUGGAGGGCGUACACGUGUGGAGGGCCGCGUGGAGGUCCUGGCUGCUACCGGCAACGCCACCAAGGCCUGGGGCCUGAUCUGCGGGGAUGGCUGGACGGUGCGGGAGGCUAUGGUGGUCUGCAGACAGCUGGGGCUGACCUAUGCCAGCAGUGGCCUACGAAUCCGAAUCGCGGGAGGCAGGACGGACUACGAGGGUCGGGUGGAAUUGCAUGUGAGGUCCAGGUGGGGCACACUGUGCAGUGAAGGCUGGACCACCCGGGAGGCCAUGGUGGCCUGUCGGCAGCUAGGGCUCGGCUACUCUCUGCAUGCCAUCACAGAAACGUGGUACUGGGACAGCAGUAACGUGACAGAGAUGGUGCUGAGCGGGGUGAAGUGUACGGGUAACGAGAUGACCCUGGCCGACUGUCGCCACGACCGCUCCGUCAGCUGUCGCAGGGCAGGGGCGCAAUUCUCCGCAGGGGUCAUCUGCACAGACACGGCCUCUGACCUUAUCCUGAACGCUCUGCUGGUGGAGCAGUCCGCCUACAUCGAGGACCGUCCACUCCACUUGCUCUACUGCGCCGCGGAGGAGAACUGCCUCUCCAAGUCGGCCGCCCGCGCCAACUGGCCCUACGGACACCGCCGGCUCCUGCGUUUCUCCUCGCAGAUCCACAACAUCGGCCGCGCGGACUUCCGGCCAAAGCUUGGCCGCCACUCCUGGGUCUGGCACGAGUGCCAUAGGCACUACCAUAGCAUGGAGGUGUUUACGAAUUACGACCUGCUUGACCUAAACGGCACUAAGGUGGCUGACGGACACAAGGCUAGUUUCUGCUUGGAGGACACGGAGUGUCAGGAGGGCGUGUCUAAGCGCUAUGAAUGUGCAAACUUUGGUGAACAAGGCAUCACAGUCGGCUGUUGGGAUGUAUACCGCCAUGAUAUCGACUGCCAAUGGAUUGAUAUCACUGAUGUCAAACCUGGCAACUACAUAUUGCAGGUAAUCAUAAACCCCAACUUUGAUGUAGCAGAGAGUGACUUCACUAACAAUGGUGUGAGGUGUAACUGCAAAUAUGAUGGCAAUCGUGUUUGGCUACACAAAUGCCACUUCGGUGGUUCAUUUAGUGACGAAGAAGAAAAGAAGUUUGAACACUAUCCUGGACAGCAUAAUAACCAAAUUUCUUAACAUCUGUAGACAGAUGUCAGGAUGUGUUCCUUUUCCUUAAACCAGAAUGUAUAGUACACUUAUUUAUUUCCAUAUUGUACUAUGCCAGGUCUGCUCAUGUUCCUAUGUAUAAUACUUUUUCAAAGACCAGGGACACCUUUUCCCAUGUUAUGUGGAAUAUGCACAUUUUUGUAUUCAAUUUUUAAGAUUAAAGCUUUGUCACUACAUUUACAGAAAAGCAACAAAAGAUCCAAGUUAAACAGCUCACCUAAAUGUGUCAGUACAUUAUAAAUGUAACUUCUCUUCAUACCAGAUUAUUAAUCUAAAUCACCAUUAUGUAUGUUUUGUACAUAGGAUGUACAGAUUCCUGUGUUCUUGUGUCUUUGGAUUGCAAAAUACAAUAUGCUCUUUGGCCACACAUC